AUGGCCUCGGCUUACAUGAUCGCGAUAUACUUCGCGGUAGUCAUCUUUGCCGGUAUUCAGAUCAAGCAUAAGAUCAACAACUACAAGUCCCCUCUUAGAAAGGUCCCGGGUCCAUGGUAUGCCCCUUUGACCAACCUUCACCUCCAAUAUCUCUUCUCUACUGGAAACAUUUGGAAGUUGGUGCAAACAAGUCACAAGAAGUAUGGAGGCAUUGUGCGUCUUGGACCUCGUCAGGUCUGGAUCUCAGACAAGGAGGCCAUGAAGACGAUUCUGGUCAAGACCGAUCUUCCCAAGGUUGCCAUGUACGCUGAGAUUUCUCGCGACAAGUUCAGCCCUGGUCUUUUUGGUGAAAUCCGCCCCGAGCCGCACAAGCGCCUUAAGCGUUUCUUGUCACCCGCCUUCACGGUCAACUACAUCGACAAUCUCGAGAUGUUCUUCAAGACGACUGUUCGUGAUCUGCUCAACAAGUACCAAACGCAGAUCAACGCCGACCCCGUCUACUAUGCCAAGAAGGGCAUCGAAGUUGACUUGAUGGACGAUCUUCACAAUGUUGCUCUUGACAUUAUGGGAGAAUGUUCCUUCGGAAAGGGCUUUGGCCAGACCAACCCAGACAGCAUGAUCGAAGACGGUGUCGACGAGAGAAUCUGGAUGUCCAUUCCCCGCUCCAUUUUCGAUGGUCUUAGCAAGAGAUACCAGACCGUCUACGUCAAGAAGUUCUUCCGUUCGUUCGGCAUUGAUAUCCAGUUCGACUGGCCCGCCGAGAUGAUUACCGCUAUCGACGCCGUUGUCCAACGCCGCAAACGCACACACGAUAUCGAACGCCGCGAUCUUCUCCAGCACCUGAUCGAGGAAGGAAAGAAGCCAGACACCGGUACGACCAUGAACGCCCGUGACAUCGUCGACCAGAUGGCAGAAAUUCUCCUCGCCGGCUCCGAGACUACAUCCGGCACUAUCGGUUGCCUCUUCCUCGAGUUGGCGCGCAACCCCGACGUCCGUGCCAAGUUGUUCGCUUCGCUCCCUUCCAAGGGCUUCAACGACGAGAUCGUCACCAGCAAAGCAGUCCGCAGCGAGCCUGAGUACGAGUACCUCGAGGCCUGUAUCAAGGAGAACCUCCGCCUGCACCCCAUCGCUUCUGAGAUGGGCCGCCGCACCGGCAACCAGUGGGUCAAUCUCUGCGGCUACGACCUUCCUCCCCACACCGUCGUCUCUGCCUCAUACCGCGACUUGCACCGCAACGAAGAGUUCUGGCCCCAGGCUGAGCGCUUCUGGCCUGAGAGAUGGUUGGCCGAGGACAAGCGCGAAGGUGCUCCCGCUCCCGACAUGGAUGCUUACUACCCCUUCUCUGGAGGCAAGCACUCUUGCAUUGGCAUCAACUUCGCAUGGGCCGAGAUGAGAAUGGUCGCAGCCAACCUGCUUCAGAGAUUCGACGUUCUCGAAGUUCCUGGACAGGACAUUGACUUCCGCCAGUACAUCACCAUGCAAUUUGCGACUGGUCACUGGAAGGUGGUGCUCAAGCCCAGGAACUGA